AUGUCAAGGCCGCGAAAGAGGGGAGCCGAGCAAAGACAUACAAGUGAAGUGGGUAUUGGAAGCUUUCGCGCAAGAAACGACAGUAGACAGCCUGGCCCUCCGGCAGCCUUGACCAGUCGGCGGGCGCUUUUGGGAGCCUCACACAGACUUCAGCCGGAAAGGCGAGCCUUUGUGGGAAUGCACCAGCGCAGGCGCCAAACUGGCAUAUCAGUGGUACGACGGCCCCCAGUUCUGACGGAUAAUGCACACUGUGUUGCACUGAAGGACGCUGGUUCCAGCAGGGGCGAUCAAGGAUAUUGGAGGGGCGUGAAGCGCUCAUAUGCUGACGACGAAGCAGAAGGGGAAACACUCUUGUGGGGGUGCAGUGUGAAAGCAUCAAGUGAUCAAAAGGGGAUCCAGAAGCUCCGGGGAAGCAAUGACCCAGUACCUCAGGAGGCUACUUGCAGAGACCUGAAUGAAACAGCUGGAGCCGCUGUUGGCCGGCAACGCGGAAGCCAUUUGUUGAUCACGGGGAGUUCGUUUCAUAAGAUACACCGCAAUUACGAAUCUGAUGGCGCUGAGGAGGCCGAAAUCCGUGCUGAAAUCUUAAAUGGCGUCCGCCAGCUACUUCGAGACGAGUCGGAGAUUGAUUGCCUGGUACGGUUGUGCGCUCUCUUGAAGGAAAAGAAUAUUGCAUUGUUAGAGCGUGCUAUUCACCGCAGGGGCGUUGAAGAAUGCGCAGAACUACUGGAGGAAACUUUGCAACUUGAAUCCAAAGGUGGGAUGCUGACCAAGGACGGGCGCCGUCGCACACCAGGAGGCGUUUUUUUGCGUCUUCUACAGGAUCGGAUUCCUCGAGACGACAAGAGAUUCAUAUGGGAUGAGCAAAACAGGGAGCAAAGGAGGCUUAAGCGACAGCGAAUCCGCAGACAAAGAACUUCACAAGGGGAACUAUGGUCACAUAUGGAGAACCGGGACGUAGCUGUGCCGCCGACACCAACGCGGCGCGAAGUCGCGCUGCCGUUGUGCGAGGAGCGAGAGCCUGGGGAGCUUGAUGUUGCUGAAAUUCAUGCUCUUGAUUAA